AUGGUAAGUAGUACUAAUAAUAAAUCCAACCAAAGCGAAAAAUUUGCUCCUUUAUAUGAAGUUCUUUUAUAUAAGAAGAAGGAUAUAAUAGCAAUUCAAGAAAAACUUGGUAUUAAUAGUAAUAUAAAUCAAACGACAGUGUCGAAGAGCAAGAAAGCGAAAAAACUUGCUGAUUCAUAUGAAUUGUUAUUAGAAUUGGUGAGGGAUUUAAUACCUAUACAGGAAAAUCUCGACAUUGAUGGCAACCCCAUUCUGGCAGUGGAAUAUAAUAAUGUAGCAAAUCAAAACAAUAGAGGUUCUUCCGAUUUAUCACUUUCGAAGUUAUUUAAUUUACUUUUAUACUUGGAAGAGGAUAUAAACACAAUUCAGGAAGAACUUGGUAUUGUCGGUUAUACUAAUCAAGAAAUGGCAGAAGAAGCCGAUAAAAAUGCGAGAGUAUAUCUUCGAAAGUUUGAGGAAUUUCACGGUCCCUUAGAAGAUGUUUCAAGUGUACUAAUAAAGAAAUUCAUUGAUAGGGGGGUAAAGAAAUUUUGGUUUACUGGUGAGGGACUACCAUUAUUUCCAAAUGUAUCUCCUCAGCAAUUACAUGAAGUUUUCGUCAAAAAAUCAGCUAACAUCG